AUGUCCAGGUCGUCAGCGCAUCGACCCCGGUACGAGAUCCCAGAAGACGAGCAAAUCGAAGACGACUUGGUGGUUGAUGGCGAGACGGUGGCCGACCCUCAGGAUGACGAGACCAUUCCCAUCCGGGUCCUCGAUGAUUUUGCAAUCUACGAAUGGUUUGGUUUGCAUAUGGUGGGCAUUGCAGAGCUCCUCGGUCUCACACCAGAGUCUGAAGAUGGCAUUACCUAUGGCGCCUCUGGUAUUGUGAGAUCCUACACGGACUCAUCAGACAACGAAGACGACGGAGACGACGGCAGUGAGACCUCCGCAGUACCAUCGCUGCAACCAAGAGUCAAGCUCUCGCAGAUCAUUGAAUUCAAUGUCCACAACGUCUCUUGUAAACGAGGCAGAGACCUACAAAUAGAUCCGCUCCCAGUUCAUGUUUUGAAAAAGGAUAUGGUCAGCAACAUCUAUAUACGGACGCAGAAUUCCUGGUAUAUUCUUGACCAGCCGUUGGAUUCGUACUACCCGUUCUUCAUUGAUUUUUGGAUCAAACAUCGACUCUUGCAUCUCACAAUCAGCUCUAGUCUCGCUGAUCCUACUACGACAACGGAUCAGUUCGUCGAAUUGUUGGCGGUGACACCAGAAUCCUCAGAUGAAGUAGGAAUCGCUCUCAAAUUUCUCAGUCGUGAGCUGGGGGAACAGGAUCUCAACGCGGAUGAUACCCGAGCAUACAUCGAAUCCAUGAUUCAGAUGCUAUGUGCUGAUGAUCCUCAGCUGCGUCGUGCUCUGUCACAUGUGCCUCUCAUCUGUUCGCUCGUAGAGCUCAAUGUCUCUUCUCAGAGUGGCAAAAAGGAGUCAGCGACCCACAAGGAAAGGAUUAAGAAGACAUUCAAAGACAUCGAAAAGAAUGUUUUACUGCACCGCGAAAGGACAAUUGUGACUCCUACGGUUGCUCGUAUUGCGGGUGAUCUAUUUGUGCAGACUCUCAAAGUUACUGGGGAAUCUCUGGAAGAGAAGGCAUCCGAUGACAAUGGGAUGGAAUUUGACGUUGCGCCUGUGCAUUAUACUGACCCAGCACGCAUUGAGUGGGUCCCGACCUCUCGAAUUGCCCCUUACUAUUACAAAUCGGUCAUCGUUGAUGGAGUCAAGUACUCGGCAUGUUAUCUCACCUUCGUGAACUACAUGAUUCAGAACGCUAAUUUCCAGUUUUGCCAGAUUGCCUACAUGUUCGAGCGCCAAGAGACGCUGAAAUGUAAAUAUGGAAGCAAACCAGUGACCCGAAAGUACUUCCAUGCAAGAUGGCUACAACAUGGCUCGCAGAUGCUCUUACAAGAGACGGCCCAUCCCAACGGACUCUUCUAUCUGAAUGAAUGCGAUGACCUUCCGGUCGAGUGUAUAUACAGACGGUGCAACUUGCGCGUCCUCGGACCAGACGAGCCAGAACCUAUAGAAGAGCCCAGUGAUCUGUUCUUCGCGCGGAUGAUAUGGGAUAGCACCCAGGCCGCUCUUGUGAAUGUCACUGAUCAGGACAUACAAGCAGCCAUCGGGCAAGCGACAUGGACGCCGUGCUCCGACGGCGGGAUCUCAAGAUUCGGCAUCGAUUAUCAUGUCCAUGACUUCGUCUACGUAAUGCCUCACAGUUCAUCGUCUAAUGCUGCUCUGUUUGAGAUCGGUCAGCUUGUAAAUCUCAUCCUUGAUGCAGAUAGUCAUGUUCUUGAGGUCGAGGUCCGCUGGUACAAACGAUAUGACCUCGUCGUGCAAAAUUGUCCCGAUGAUGAUGAUGAUGAUGAUGAUGAUGAUACGAGUUCUCGAGUCGUGAGCGAUAAUCGUCGACUGUACCGGACGCGGGAAUACGAGACAAUCAAUGCCGAUCGCAUACAAGGCAAGGCCUAUGUCGCCUUCAUCGAAUCUCGUGACCGGCGUGACGAAUGGCUACAACACGAUGAUCACUUUUACACAGAUCUCUACACCAACAAUAGCAUAGCGCAAUCGUUGGAUGACCUGCAUACCCUAACAAAGUCUAUACCACAAUGCUUAGUUUGUCGGCAACAGCGUAUCGACCAGCUGGAGAGCGAGGUUGAAGUCUUGGAUCGCAAGGGCCCUCUUCGCGGACUGGAACUAUUUGCAGGACUAGAGUUGUCUGGCUUUGUGCAAACGAAAUGGGCGGUUGAAUUCUCGCCUGGUGCUGCUUUGACAUUCCAGGAAAACCAUACUAAUGCGAUCGUCUAUAACCAGGAUUCUAAUGUCCUAUUGAAGCAUGCACUGGCCGCUCACGAAGGCAACAAUCCGGAGCCACUCUUGUCUUUGCGUGAAGACGAGCGUCAUGAGCUACCGCCGAUGCCGACCCAAGGCGAGGUCGACUUCAUAUAUGGGGGUCGGCAAGUGGGAAGAGCGAUCGUCGGCGGAAUCAAGAUGGGCGUCGUGAAAUUCAUUAUACGCGCCUUAGUCUGCCUCGGUUACCAGGUUCAUUUCAAGGUCGUAGAUGCUGGUCAUUAUGGCGCUGCACAAAGUCGCCGGAGAGUCAUUUUCUGGGGAGCGAAACAAGGCGUCCCUCUACCUAAGUUCCCGAAGCCUAUGCAUGACCUCACUAAACGCUCGUUUCACUCUUUCAAGCUCCCGACAGGCGAAGUCCUUAAGCCUGUUACAUGGUCGAUUCGCCACAAAGAGAGUGGCCAGAGUAACCAUCAAUGUGUGCCUCUCCUACCAGUCACCGUGAACGACGCCAUCGCAGACCUUGUGAGAGCCCUGAAUCGGUUCCAAAGGGUCAAUCCAUUCAAUGAGAUCCGUCCAGGCCCAAAAGACCUCGAUGAGAUUGGUCUUCGCCUGGCAAAAGGUAUCAGGAGAUUUGACGCAGUCCCUUCGUUAGAACCAAGACUCGCUGGGUUUACCGACCCUGUCCCUUACGCACACCCUCCCAUGAGUAGGUAUCAACUAUGGAUCCGCCAGGGCGCCGGUGCAGAGGUCACACAUCAUUACACUCGCCUGUUCCCUGCACGCAUUGUAGAGCGCGUUGUCAGAGUUCCUUUGACGCCGAACGCGAAUCAUGAAGGUCUACCGGCAAAACUCAGAGUGGGCAGGCUCUUCGAGUCAAGCGGUGAUGCGAGAAAGCGAUAUGAUAGGGUGUAUGGAAGAAUCGACGGUGAUCAAAUCUUCCAGACCGCCUUGACUACAGUUGCACCGAAUUCCAAGGUUGGACGAGUUUUACACCCAAACCAAAAGCGUAUCCUCACAGUACGCGAAUGCGCCCGCGCCCAAGGGUUCCCGGACAAAUAUGAGUUUCACUCAGUCAAUACUAAGUUAUCGGAUCGUGUAGCGGACCAACAUCGUCAGAUUGGGAACGCUGUUCCAGUCCCAUUGGGUCUUGCAUUGGGCAAGGAACUUGGGAAAGCGUUGAUGCUCUAUUGGGAUCAGCAAGAUGUAAAUGUUUCGGAGAGAUCACUCAGUCCGGAGGUGUAG